AGCAGCAUUGGGCGCGACGUGAGGAUCAGCCACGGCACGAAGGAAGCAUGCGCUGCAGCGCGAAGACAUGGCACGACGCGAUGGAGUAACCCUUCACGGCGUGGGGAAGGACGCGGCGCGGGAGAAGACCCUGUGUCGCAGCCAGCGCGGCGUGGCGGGUCUGGGCGAGCUGUCUGUCCAUGUCAGGGCAGCUGCGCGGCGCGACAGACGUCAUCUUCAUGGCGCGGGGCUCUCAUCCCGGCACGGUGGAAGGUGGCAGCACGGCGCGGAGGUCUCGCGGGCGCGCUGGGAGAGAAAAGUGGCAGGCGCCGCGUCGUGCCGUGUGCCGCGGCGCGGGGCUGGGACCGUGGGGCUUCUGCCCGUCACGUGGUACGAGUGCGGCACGAGAGCUGGUGUCCUGGGCACAGUCUUGGGCAGCUCACAUGUCAUCACGUUCCGGAGUCGUUCGGGCUCGUUCGGUAUCAGAAUUUGAUUCCGCUUAUUUUUGUGCUUGCACGCGCUCCACAAGUUCCUCGAUUAUGGACUCAACAUUGUUCCUACGGGCCGCUUGGGAGGCUAAAAGAGCGAGGGCCUGGUCGAUCUUGGCAUUCUACCGUGAGGAGUCCUCGAGGGACUCACAUGACUGCUCAACGGGUACUGACUCCCAUCGCUGCUCGUAAGGAUACGACCAAGUCUGGCCAUAGUCCAAAGUAUCGUAGUAUGGAGGUGGCUGGUUCAGUUGGGCACAUCGGGUUGCUGUCUCUUCUUCUUGAGCUAACCGGGAUGAUGCGAAAGCAUCGAUGCGGUGAGCUUCUCGUUGAAUUCGUGGGACUCGUAAGACUGCUCGACCGAGAAGGGGUCCCAAUACUGCUCGGAAGAGUAGGGAUAAGACUGGACGUGGUACCCGGUGUGGUAGCUCGGCUCGUUGACCCAAGAUUGGGUGUGCGAAUAGGGGAACACACGGUUGUAGCUCAUACUACCUGCACACCAAAGCAGAACAACCACGCGAGGCUCUCGAUGUCGCGGGGGUUGAUGCAAGCGCGCGGACGCGUACGGGGAGCGGGGCAGCAGACACUCUCGAUGUCGCGGCGAGUUCCGCGUGCACGCGGGUGGGGCAUGAAGAGCUCUCGAGGUCGCGGCCGUUUCUGCGAUGGCGCGAGUGAGCGGGUGUUCAGCGGGUGUGGAUCUCUCGACGUUGCGGUAGCUUCCGCGGGCUCGCGAGUGUGGCAGGCAU